UGCCUGGGUGAGCCUGCUAGAGAUGGAACAUGGAGUAGUGCCCGGCUACCCCGUCACCUCAGUCAGCAGACCAGCCAACAGACCAGAGACUAAGUAUCUUUUCAUCCAAAUGGAAUUCUGCGAUAAAGGAACACUGGAGCAAUGGCUUGAUUGCAGAAAAGGCGAGAAACUAGACAAAGAGUUGGCUUUGAAAUUCUUUGAACAAAUAACAACAGGAGUGGAUUAUAUACAUUCGAAACAGUUAAUUCAUAGAGAUCUUAAGGAGUGCAAGAGAAUGGGAUCAAGGAAUGAAGAAGGGAGGAAGAAAAGAGAUUAAUCAACUGAGUUAUGGCUUUUCUUAGCCAUAGUCAUCAGGUAAAGUUUCUUGCUAAUCAAAAUUUCUUGGUUAACAGGCAGAUUGUCACACACACCAAUGCCCUCCUUCAGUCCCAUGGGGAGCUGGUGUGCUGUCAGGGUUUCCAAUAUUCCUACAGAAUGUCAAUGCAUCAAAAUGCCUCUGUUGCUUGCUAGAACAACAGAUCCUGCUGUGAUGUAGCACUCCAAAAUGGUAGGAGAGAGAGAGGGAUCUGACCUGAUCAGAUUUCUUGAGAAAAGCUCUGAGCUCAUUGUUAUGAGG